GAGGGAGAGUGUAAACGAGAGAGAGAGAGAAAGAGAAAGAGAAUGAGAGAGAGAGAAAGAGAGAAUGAGAGAGAGUCAGACUCUGGGAGCCAGUGUUUAUCUCCAGAGAAGUGCUAGCGGUACUUUGCGUCAGUGGAAGCAGAGCUUUCCUGACCGGGGAAAAAGAGCCAGGCGAGAGAUUCCCUGAAUCCCAGCGCCGGCUGGCCUGGAGCUAGAGUCAGCAUUCCCAAGAGUCUUCCCACGGAGCGCCAGCAGGAACUGGCCGUCCGGCUUCCCAACGGAAAACUCCCUGACAGGGAUCACCACCACUGCCAGCCGGCAGGAACGACAGCAGCCGACGCCGGACAACCAGGAAGAGAGGGGCAGCGUGCCCUGUUACUGGAUAACCCCACGCGCUCUCUGCAAACAACGGAAAGACAUACACAUAUAGAGAGACUAGAGAAGAGGACCAGGGAGUGAGAAGACAACAGAGAGAAAGAGAGAGAGAGAGAGACAGAAGACCGCUAUCCGGAGAGCCGGAGUCGGAGUGGUGAAGCAGCAUUCCCUGGAAAUCAUCACUCCCUGUAGGCGUCUGAUCCUCUGUGCUGAGAACAGGAAGGAAAUGGAGGACUGGAUGGCGGCUCUGAAAAGUGUUCAGAACCGGGAGCACUUUGAGUCCACUCAGUACAGCAUGGACCACUUCUCUGGGAUGCACAACUGGUACGCCUGCUCCCACGCCAGGCCCACCUACUGUAAUGUCUGCAAGGAGCCACUGUCCGGAGUGACCUCGCACGGCCUGUCCUGUGAAGUGUGCAAGUUCAAAGCCCACAAGCGAUGUGCCGUCCGCGCCACCAACAACUGCAAGUGGACCACGCUGGCCUCCAUUGGCAAGGACAUCAUCGAGGACGAGGACGGGAUAUCUAUGCCUCACCAGUGGCUGGAGGGGAACCUGCCGGUCAGUGCAAAGUGCACAGUGUGUGAUAAGACCUGUGGCAGCGUGCUCAGACUCCAAGACUGGCGCUGCCUGUGGUGUAAGGCCAUGGUGCACACAACGUGUAAGGAGCAGCUCUCCACUAAGUGUCCCCUUGGUCAGUGUAAAGUGUCGGUCAUCCCCCCUACAGCCCUCAACAGCAUCGACUCAGACGGCUUCUGGAAGGCCACGUGUCCCCCCUCGUGCACAAGUCCGCUGCUGGUGUUCGUCAACUCCAAGAGCGGAGACAACCAGGGCGUUAAGUUCCUGCGCCGCUUCAAGCAGCUGCUCAACCCCGCACAGGUGUUCGACCUCAUGAACGGAGGACCGCACCUCGGGCUGAGACUCUUCCAGAAGUUCGACACCUUCCGGAUAUUGGUGUGUGGCGGUGAUGGUAGUGUGGGCUGGGUGCUGUCAGAAAUUGACACGCUCACCCUCCACAAGCAGUGCCAGCUGGGCGUGCUACCGCUGGGCACGGGGAACGACCUGGCGCGCGUCCUGGGCUGGGGCUCGGCCUGCGACGACGACACGCAGCUGCCACAGAUCCUGGAGAAGCUGGAGCGGGCCAGCACCAAAAUGCUGGACAGGUGGAGCAUCAUGGUGUACGAGACCAAGUUCCCACGGCAACACUCCAGCUCCACGGUGACCGAGGACUGUAGCGAUGACUCAGAGGUACAGGUGCAGCAGAUCCUGACGUAUGAGGAUUCGGUGGCGGCGCACCUGUCGAAGAUACUGAGCUCAGACCAGCACUCGGUGGUCAUUUCCUCCGCCAAGGUUUUGUGUGAGACUGUCAAGGACUUUGUGGCCAGAGUGGGGAAGGCCUAUGAGAAGAACACAGAGAGCUCUGAGGAGUCAGAGGCCAUGGCUAAGAAGUGUGGCGUGCUGAAGGAGAAGCUGGACUCUCUGCUGAAGACGCUCAGCGAGGAGGCCCAGGCGUCCAGCGUCAUGCCCGCCCCUCCGCCCACCAUCGCCGAGGAGCAGGAGGAGGGCGAGGGCGUGCUGGUGCCCCCCCAGCCCCCCUCGGCCCCCACCACCACCACCACCAGCAACAGCAGCAGCAGCAGCAGCAGUAGUGCGUCCGUAGCCCCCUGCUCCGCCCGUAGCACCAGCGCGGCCGCCAUCUUCAAGCCCCGCGAGCAACUCAUGCUCCGGGCCAACAGCCUGAAGAAGGCCAUCAGGCAGAUCAUAGAGCACACAGAGAAAGCCGUGGACGAGCAGAACGCCCAGACCCAGGAGGUCUUCUCUGCUCUGGUGGCGGAUGAGGAGGAAGAGGAGGAAGAAGAUAAGGUCUCCCUGCAGUCCUCGCACAGUGGGGGCAACGGCUGCAACAGCGGCCACCGGAGGCCACCCCGCAGAGUUUCUAAGACGCCAUGUGAGAAACUCAUCAGUAAGGGAAGCUUGUCUCUGGGGAGCUCUGCAUCACUUCCUGCUCAGACAGGAAGUAGGGAGAACAUGCCAAUGCUCAACACAAAGUUCCUCUACCCAAGUCUCAGGGCAGGCAUGACAGGUUCUUUGUCCAGUAGCUCAGUCAUCAGCAGAUUGCUAGUCAACGCUGACCCAUUCAACUAUGACCCUGAGAACCUUCUCUCUCUCAGGGACUGCUACACCGAGAAGUGUGUGAUGAACAACUACUUUGGGAUUGGGCUGGACGCCAAGAUCACCCUGGACUUCAACAACAAGAGGGACGAGCACCCGGAGAAGUGUCGGAGUCGCACUAAGAACAUGAUGUGGUACGGAGUGCUGGGCACCAAGGAGCUGCUGCACCGCACCUACAAGAACCUGGAGCAGAGAGUGCUUCUAGAGUGUGACGGCCGGCCCAUCCCCCUGCCCAGCCUGCAGGGCAUUGCGGUGCUGAACAUCCCCAGCUACGCUGGUGGGACCAACUUCUGGGGUGGAACCAAAGAGGAUGAUACGUUCACGGCCCCGUCUUUCGACGAUAAGAUCCUGGAGGUGGUGGCUGUGUUUGGCAGUAUGCAGAUGGCCGUGUCCCGUGUCAUCAACCUGCAGCACCACCGAAUUGCACAGUGUCGCACAGUGAAGAUCACCAUCCUGGGAGAUGAGGGCGUACCUGUGCAGGUGGACGGAGAGGCCUGGAUCCAACCGCCGGGUUACAUCCGCAUCAUCCACAAGAACCGCACACAGACCCUUACUCGUGAUAGGGCAUUUGAGAAUACACUGAAGUCCUGGGAGGACAAGCAGAAGUGUGAGUUUCCACGGCAACCAGCACAGCAUGCCCUGCAGCCAGAGACAGUGUCCGAGGAAGAGGCUUCCCAGAUCAACCAGUUUGGCCAGGCUGCAGGAGCACUCAUACACAGCAUCCGAGAGAUUGCAAAGUCCCACCCCAGCAUGGAGCAGGAGCUUGCCCACGCAGUCAACGCCAGCUCCAAAUCUAUGGACGUGGUCUACGCCAACUCCAAAAGCACCGGCGGCCUGAACAGUAGCGUCGUGGUUCAGAUGGUCAGUAACGUGAAGGCGCUUCACAGUGAGACUGAGCUGCUUCUGGCUGGGAAGAUGUGUAUGCAGCUGGACCCUCCCCAGAAGGAGCAGCUGUCGGCCACCCUGGGCACCGUGGCCCAGCAGCUCCGCCGUCUGGCCGACCUCCCAUGGCUGUGCCACCUCAUCGAGCCCACCGACGACGAGGGCAACCUGACCGACUUCUCCAAGCGUAGUCGCAGUGCCAAAUUCCGCCUAGUGCCCAAGUUCAAGAAAGACAAGAACAACAAAAACAAAGAGACAUGUGCCACUCUCAGCCUGCCAGUGGACCAGUGGGGCACAGAGGAGGUGGCGGCCUGGCUGGAUCUGAUUUGCCUGACCGAGUACAAGGAGAUCUUUAUCGGGCACGACGUGCGGGGCUCGGAGCUCCUGCACCUGGAGCGGAGGGACCUCAAGGAUCUGGGGGUGACCAAGGUGGGUCACAUGAAGCGAAUCCUACAGGGUAUCAGAGAUUUGAGCCGCAACAGCUCCGCCAGCGAGGCCUAGGAGCCCUGUCUGCCUGCGUCUGCGGCGGACCCAGCCAACUGGACGAGCCCUGACCACCUACACCCGUCAGCCACUCUCCCUACCCCGGCCCCCAAUCUCCCACGCGCCGGGACCAAUGCAGUAUCGCCCAAUCCAAAAGCACCCCAGAACUGAGACCAACCAACCCCAGUGCCUUCAUGUGCCCACCUCCAUGGCAUCAUUACUUUGGGAGACUGGAUUUUUUCAUUGCACAAAGGAGGGAGGCACCAGAAACCCAUCAUCCUCAUCAUCAUUUUAUUAGGGUCAUACUAAUAUCAUCAGAUGGGGAGGGGUGGGUGGGUGGGCUGGAAGAGAAAAGAAUAAAAUAGAUCAUCAUAGUCAUAGACAUACUAUGGCGUAGGAACAAACAUUUCAGGAACAAGCACAGCCAACAAGAAAACUCAACUACCCAGUAUGCCUGAUGAGCAGUUAGCCCUUAUCAGGGCUCAGCUGGCCUUACAGUAGUGAACUCACAAGCUUACAGACCUUAAAGAACCUGUGUGUGGAAGGAAAAUAGAGAUGUAUAUAAGGAUUUUUAAUGUGCCUGUUUCAACUGGCUCGAAAUAGCAAAUUACUAAACGACUGAUGUUUUUUGUAUGAAAAACUAUAUUUAUUUUAUGUAUGUGUUCUAUGUGGAGAUGUUUUUUCCUCACGUUCCGAGCAUCACAGCGUGUUCUGAGCUGACACAGAACAUCAAGGAAACCUGUUCCCUUACCUACCUAGAUGACCGGAACCGUUCUGAUCUCGAAAGGUUCUACCAAGUAAUGGCAGUGACAAUCAAUAUACCAAACCAACCAACCAAGUCAAUCAACUUAUCAACAACUGACCUCCAGAGUAUCCCCAGGAUUAGCCAUAACUGUGUCUCUCUCACUGUGUGUCCCCCCUUUAGAGCUGUUGUCUGUACAGCUGCAGAUUAGAAAUGUUGUGGGGGGGACUUCAUGACCAUGCCUACCUUUAAAAAGAAUGUAGAGGGCUCAACACUGUGUGUGUGUUCCAGAGUGCUAAGGGCUCAACCUCAACCACAGCGCUCCAGUAUGCCUUAAACCUCCCCACCAAAACCCAACAGCCACAUAUCAGUCAGGCCUCUCAGUGGGCGGAGUCCUGGAACACCUCCCACCCCCCCACCCCAAAAAAAAACAACAACAACAUGUGUGUCAGGUACACUCUGCUUGACCAGGGAGAACCACAACACAGACACACACACACACACACAACUUCUGCCUUGUAAUUAAUUAACACGUGUAAAAUCCAGCAGUGCAUAUAUAUCUUGUUGCUUCAUUUUUUGUCGGUUAUGUCUUGUGUGGACAGAUUUAUCAUGAUCAUAUCAAGGGUCAAAAGGACCCGAUAUUAAGGGUGCCCUCUCCUUGCCUAUCUAGAACAGAGCUCCUAAGGGCAUCCCUCCCAUCUGCCUGUCCAGUAUUUAUUGAUAAAUUAUAAAUACAUGUACGUGAAACUGUUGGCUGUACUUUUCUCGUCUAUAUGUAAAUAAACCCCUAUCAGGAGUGUAUAUACGGUCUACUUGUACAGUGAAACUCUGUCAUGCUGUAAUAAAGAUAUUGGUUUGUGUAA